AUGGAUGGAGCUAUUAUUACGCCUGUAUCGUCUGGAUUUGAUGUAGAAGGAUCAUGUCCAUUAAAGGCUGUUCAAGUAGAUUCAUUAGUUGUUUUAAAGAUCAUAAAACAUAGCCGUGAGUCGUUUACAAGUCAUUCUGCUGCAGGACAACUUUUGGGACUUGAUAUAAAUGGUGUUCUUCAAGUCACUAAUUCAUUUCCUCUAUCUCAUGGACAUGAAGGAGAAAAUGCAUCUUCCUUAGCACAGAACAGGAUUAGUUAUAUGCAGCAGAUGAUGCGUUGUUUAAAGGAAAUUGGUGUUGACAAUAAUGUUGUUGGAUGGUACCAAAGUGUUAAUUCAGGAACGUUUAUUAAUAUGAAUCUUAUUGAAAAUCAAUUUUCAUAUCAUCAGGCGCUUAAUGAUAUGACGGUUAUGUUAGUUUAUGAUGCGUCUCAAUCAACUCAUGAAUCAUUAUCGUUAAAAGCGUUUCGUUUGACACCUUCUUUUAUUGCUGCAAAGAAGGAAGGAAAAUUUAAUGCUGAAAGCAUUUCUAAAUAUGGAUUAUCUCAUUCUAACGUUUUUGAAGAGCUUCCAUUGAUUAUUCACAAUUCUCAUCUUGCAGUUUCACUUCUUCACUAUCUAGAUAGCAGAUAUAGAUUUGUUCCAACGGCUCCUGCUUUGUCUCUUCUUCCACUUUCUUUCAGUUUUGACAAUCUUGAGCCUGUGGUUGAUUCUUAUUUCGAAAAGAUCAUGGAAAAUCUUUUAGAGGUGACUGAAGAUUACCAAUAUGAACAAAGUAAUUAUCAAUAUUAUCAAAGGGCUUUAGCAAGAGAACAAUUAAAAAUUCAACAAUGGCUUCAAAAAAGACGUGCUGAAAAUGCUGUACGAGCUGCAAACAACCAAUCGUUACUUCCUGAAGAUGAAUGGCAACGCCUUUUUAAAUUAUCUUCUGAACCAUCUUUACUAGAAAGUAUUCUCUUGGCUUCACAAAUUGAUUACUAUUGUAAAAAGAUUGAUUCUAGCAGCGCUCCUGCUUUAACAAAACUUUAUGCCUCUAUAGCUAAAUAG